AUGGAUGCCCUGGCGAUGGAGUUUGCUGACGACACGUUUGACCUGGUGUGGGCCUGCGAGUCUGGGGAGCACAUGCCUGACAAGAAGAAGUACGUGGAAGAGAUGACGCGAGUGCUGGCGCCAGGCGGCAACAUGGUGAUUGCCUGCUGGUGCCAGCGGGAGGAGACCGCGGAGCGGCCCCUCACUGACGACGACAAGGCGCGGCUGCAGUUCCUGUAUGACGAGUGGGCCCACCCCUUCUUCAUCAGCAUCCAGGAGUUCUGCAGGCUCAUGGAGGGCACCGGCAAGAUGGAGGCCGUGGGGGCGGAGGACUGGACCCCCCAGACGCUGCCCAGCUGGCGCCACAGCAACCUCGUUGGCGUUUUGGACCCCUGGUUUGUGAUGUUCAAGUGGAACCCCAAGCUGUGGUACAAGGUGACGCGCGAGAUCGUCACUCUGGAGCGCAUGCACCGCGCGUUCGACAUGGGCCUCAUGGAGUACGGCCUCAUGCGCGGCGUCAAGGCCGCCAAGCCGGCCGGCGGCGCCGCGGCGGCGGCGGCGGCGGGCGGCGAGCGGCGGCAGCAGCAGGAGCAGCAGCAGGCGGCGGGGGCGGCAGUGUGA